CAGCCGUCGCGCGCUGUGUCUUCAGAGGACCGUGCAGUCCACCAUGGCGGCGCCCGGUGGAACUUUAAAUUGUGAGGACUUUUCAAUGUUUCAGGAGGUGCUGAAGGUGAUGCGCACCAUCGAUGACCGCAUCGUCCAUGCCCUGAACACCACCGUGCCCACAGUCUCCUUCUCAGGCAAAGUGGACGCCACACAAACAUGCAAACAACUCUAUGAAUCUAUGAUGGAGGCCCAUCUGACCAGAGACAAAGCUAUCAAGUCCUGUAUCGCCCAAACAUCUGAGGUGGUGGGACAACUGCGUCAAGAAAGAGCCAAAGACAGCGAAAACCUGGCGCUCAUCAAACAGCUCAGAAAGGAGCAGACCAAAUUAAAGCUGAUGCAGUCAGAGCUGAACGUUGAGGAGGUCGUCAAUGAUAGAAGUCUGAAGGUUUUCAGUGAAAGGUGCAGAAUCCACUACACGCCUCCGAAGGUGAAGUGAAGACGGAGGUGUGAAGAGAGGAGCCGCUUCACUCGAGGUCUGAAUCCAGACUGGAGCUGAAACUGUGACCUGCUGCUGAGUCCUGACCUGCAGGCUGCAGAGCACCCAGACCACUCUGACCUCUUCUCCAACACUUAAAUUCCAUUGUGAUUGUUGUAAGGCAUUUCCACACCUGUAAAACAGUCAUCCGUGUGCGUCUUUGAUGAGAAACAUUGUACAAAAAAAGAGUUUUUUAAAAAGAAAAAAAAUGAAACGUUUUCAA